AUAGCUCUCUGUAAGUAAUCCACCGUGGUUAUGUUCUUUUGUAUACAUGAAGACUUGUUUCUUAGGCUCUGAUUCCUUCACCAUCACAACUCGGAGAUUGCAGAUCAUCUCUAAUCAAAUCAUAAUCAGGUUUUGAUAAUGGCGCCUCUUCGACUACGGCAUCCUGAGGGUGUAUCUACUAUUCAGCUUGAUCUGAGCACUUCAACCGUGGAAGGACUGCAGGAGGAGAUAUACAAACUGUCUGGAAUACCUCAUUAUCAGCAAGAGAUCAAAUCGGGAUAUCCACCACGAGCUCAUGUUAUCGUCCCCGAACUUCCUCUUUCAAGCCUGGGAUUGAAAGCAGGAGAUCAAGUCAUUGUUAGUAGGAAGGCAGGCUUUACCGUUCAAUCUUCCGCAACGACAACCGGCAGGUCCGAUGCUAUAUCCUCUGGCUCAAAGCUGGUUUCGGGUAUCUCACCAAGGCCAGAAACGGUCUCUCAGCAGCCACAGAUAUCUUCGAAAGCGACCGGUCCCGACUCUGUCGCCACUGAUGGCGGUUUCCUGAUUCAUAGAGUCGUACCAGAUGACAAUUCAUGUCUUUUCUCAUCGGUCGCCAUUGUGUUCGAGCAAGACAUCGCUAAAGCCACCCACGUCCGCAAAAUUGUCGCCGAUGGCAUACGAAGUGAUAUGGAAACAUACAGCGAAGCUAUUCUGGGCUGUCCUCGCGACCAAUAUAUCGCAACCAUCCUUAAACCAUCCACCUGGGGCGGCGCCAUCGAAUUGUCGGUCCUUGCCAAACAUUAUGCCACGGAAAUAGCUUCUGUCGACGUGGAAACUGGUCGGAUUGAUCGAUUCGAGCCUCCCACAGACAUGCAAUCAGGAAAUCGUUGUAUCCUGGUGUAUUCCGGCAUCCACUACGAUGCUGCAUCUUUGUCGCCUAUGGAAGAUGCACCACCAGAAUGGCAUCAGACGGUAUUCCCUAUUGUUGCUGCAGAUGCCCAAGAUCCAAUUCUAGGAGCUGCGAAGAAGCUUGUAGAUAUCCUACGUUCCAAGAGGGCAUUCACGAACACUUCUACCUUUGAUCUCAAAUGCCAGGAUUGUGGUCAAGGCCUGAAAGGAGAGAAAGGUGCAAGAGAACACGCACAGCAAACAGGGCAUGUCAGAUUUGGAGAGUAUUAGCUACGCAAGCAGCGGGAAUGAAUUGUAUAAACACCCCAAGUCACAACAUGUGUAUAAUAUGCAGAAUUCACUCAUCGCUAAGUACUUUAUGUGGGUGAUGAUUACACACAUGCUAUGUUUGUAUUUAUUGAACGUUAAAAUGCGCUAACUUGAAGGCACAAGCACAGCUGAACUCGCGAGCUCCAUAACUACUGGAACAUGGUCAGAGGCGCCGUAUAUUUCGCUGCGGAUCUCGCACAUCUUGACGUGUUCGGUAAGACGCUGACUGAGCACAACUGUUAUGUUUGGACAGAGUAAAAUAGUUAGCGUAUACUGCACAU